UACAAUUACCACUCGAAAUCUAACGAUCUGCGGUAUAACGUUAACGUUGUUUGCUGUUGUUUUAAUAAUAGGUACCCAUUAUUUGUAUCUAUUGAAGUUUAUGAAAUUAUUUAUUAUCCAUACCAUAUAAAUUGUUAAGUUAAUGUUUAUAAUUUAAGUAGUUCGUCGAGUCUGAUUAAAUUUGUUUAGUAUUUUUUUUACAUUGCUUAUAUUUUUUAAAUUGACGAGCGCUGUCACAUCAGUACUAAACCGAUCUAGUCUAAAUGUAACUUCUGUACAAAUAACGUUUGAUUUUUUAAUUAAAAAAUGAACUGUGGCUGUGGUAUUUAGCAUAAGGUGUCUGAAAAAGACAAAUAUUAAGGAAAAUUGACAUUUCUUAAAAUUAAACCGCAUGGAAACCAAAUUUGCAUAUAAACACUUGAACAAUUUCAAUCUGAAUCACCGUACGGCCGGUGAUAGAUAUUUGGCCGUCAAAGUUAUAUUAAGUAGCCGCAUGAAGGGAAUCGGAGUACGAAAACGUAGAAGUAAACCACACGAGUUAACGGAAUGGCGGAUAACAUCAAUACUGCCGAACCAGAAGCAAAUUUAUUAAAUAUUAGUAGCAUUAUCCAAACUAGUGAUCUCGUUAAUAAUAUAAAUGUUAACCAAAAUUUGAAACAAUCUAAUUUACUUUCACCGAACAAUAAUGGUAGGAAUAAAGUUUCUGUAGAUAAUAAGAAUCAUGUUACAUUUUACAAUAAUGAAUCGAUCAAUAGUUGUCCUAAACAUUGCAAUGAAUCAUACACUUCGUACACAACUACUGAUUCAGAUGAAUCUUCAUCCUCAUCGUCAGAAAUACUUAACAGAGCCCCUGACGGCGGCUGGGGAUGGGUAGUUGUGUUUGCAGCAUUUAUGGUCAACUUGAUUGCUGAUGGAGUAACAUUUUCAUUUGGUGUUAUAUUCAUUGAAUUUGAGAAAUACUUUGAUGAAGGAAAAAGUAAAACAGCAUGGAUAGGUUCACUUUUUAUGUCGGUGCCUCUACUAUCUGGACCGGUAGCUAGUUUUUUGACAGAUAGAUAUGGAUGUCAAAAAGUCACAAUCAUCGGCUCAAUAAUAGCAUCUGCUGGAUUUGUUAUAUCAGCAUUUGCUGAUUCAUUAUUUAUGCUGUUCAUCACAUUUGGUUUUAUAUCUGGAUUUGGAUUGUCUUUGUGCUAUGUUGCUGCUGUCGUUAUAGUUGCAUAUUAUUUUGAUAAGAAACGGUCAUUUGCCACAGGCUUGUCAGUUUGUGGAAGUGGCAUUGGAACGGUUAUUUUCGCUCCCCUUAACCAUAAGCUUUUAAGUUACUAUGGAUGGCGGGGCUGCACAUUAAUUCUAGCUGGCCUCUUUUUAAACUUGUGCAUAUUUGGCAUGUUGAUGAGAGACCUUCCGUGGACAAAAGAGAAAUUACAAAAUGAAAGGAAAAAGAGGAAACAUGCCAGGCUUUUAAAGCGAAGAUUAAAGUCAACUGGCAGUUACGAUAGACAUUCCCAACAUACGCAAUUACAAACGUCUCAGAUGUCUGGGAGUGAAGAAGAAAUUGAAAGUAUGAUACCGAUGGAUUCAGGAAAUAAAAGAGGUUUACCCAAUACUACCAAAGAAAUAAGACUAUGUAAUUCUCUUGUAAAUUUACCUACAUUUAUAAGAAACCAUGAAAAUGUUCCUUUAGAAGUACUCGAAGCUCUAACCCAAAAAAAACACUUGUACUCUGUGCUGGUUCAAAACUAUCCGAGUUUGUUGUUACCUUCGAAGAGUUUUAGUGAUAGCGGACGUAUCAACGAUCUGGGAACUUUAUCGCCAACACAAAGUGUACACUUACAAAAGUUAAUUGAUAUUCGUAAACAACUUGAUGAACAAUCAAAUAAAAUUUCUUCUAGUAAUAAUACUAGUGAUAAGAUGGACGUGGCACAAUCACACAAUGGAUCUAAUGUAAAUUUGGAAGAUAAUGACGACUAUGAUUGGUGGAUAAAAAAAGAUAAUCCACAAGCUAAACGUCUUCAAACCGCAUACUUGCAAGAUAUUAAAAUACACAGACAUUCUCUUACAUACAGAGGAGCGAUGCUCAAUAUAAAUAGAUAUCGGUUGAGAGCUUCAUCAUGCCCAAAUAUUUAUCGCAACUCGAUGACUACUAUCGCUAAAGAGAAAAAUGAAUGGUCGGCCAGUCUUUGGGAACUUUGGUAUCUACUGCUUGACAUGAUGGACUUCUCACAUUUUAAAAAUAUGCAUUACUUGUUGUUUGCAAUAUCCAAUUUCCUUUUAUACACAUGGUAUGACGUACCGUACGUUUACUUAGCCGAUUUAGCUACCCUAAGAGGAAAUUCUCAAGAAGACGCAUCUUACCUGAUAAGUAUGAUUGGGUUUCUAAACAUGUUUGGAGAGGUACUAUUAGGUUGGGCUGGAGACAAAGCUUGGGUCAAUGCUAAUACAGUGUAUGCUAUUUCAAUGGUGUUAUGUGGUAUCGUUAUCGCUCUGGUGCCGCUGUUUGAAAGUUACGCCAGUCUAUCAAUCUUAUCUGCACUGUUUGGUCUGUUCAUAUCCGCAAAUUAUUCAUUUACAUCGAUUAUUUUAGUCGAAAUCAUUACACUGGAACGGUUCACCAAUGCUUAUGGGGUCUUGUUGUUAGUACAAGGAAUCGCCAAUUUAGUUGGACCCCCUCUAGCAGGUGGCCUGUACGAUGUAACGCAAAGUUACAAUUUAUCAUUUUAUUUAGGAGGUUUUUUUAUUGCAAUAUCAGGAUUCUUACUGUUUGUUUAUCCGCUUAUCAAACAUAUUUCCAGGCAUAAGAGAAGACAACGCAUGUUGAAUAAUCAUAAAAAUAAGAUCAUUGACAUAACUACCUCAGAUUGUAAAAAAUGUGCAGCGUUAGAAAAUGAUGUGUAUAAUUCAAGAAGGCAUUCAUUUUCAGCAACUGACGUCUAAUGGAUAUAAUUAUUAAUUAAAUUAACUCAAGAAAUUUUUUUAAACAGUUACAUGUUUUAAUAAUUUGAAUUUGUCACCAUAUUUUCAUUUCAAAUUACAAAAACAUAGUUGCCAGUGUCUUGUUAUAAAUUAAUAAUAAAAAACAAUUAGUGUAAUUAUAAAAUUGGUCUUUUCAUCAAACAAUUAACUUAAACAAUUGUUUAUUAAUACUAGUUAAAUAGUAUGUUGUUAAAUAAGAAAUAUAACAAUUAAAGCUUCUUCAAUUGCAGUUCAAUUUUAAUGAUGAA